AUGAGUGAUAUGAAGCACACCAUCACACAGCUCAAGCUGUUGGUAUCUCGGAUCCCCUUGAUCCUGAGAACGCUUAUCUUGCAUGGCAUUCGCAUGUCCCCAGUGUCGGGGAAACAGGACCUUCGCACUGAGCUUGUCACCGUGAUCAUCCGCUCAUUCGUCUCAGGCGAUGACAGGAAAACAAUGUCUGAAACACAGAAAAAUAGUAUGCGGGACCCUGGGAUCAAAGGCCCUAUGUGGGUGGCAAAGGUCACCCUGCCACAGCCCGAGAUGGAUGUGCGCGAUGCAGUUCUUCAUGCGAUUGAACUACUUGGAAACGGGCAGGAGACAUUCGACAUCCCUGCUGUCAAUGAAGUCGGAGCAGAAUGGACUGGAUACCGCCGUGGAGUCGGUAAAAAUGAGCCACAGCCUGAUAUCUCCGAGGAGGAGAAAUAUCGCGCCCUGCGCAAGGAUAUCACAUCUGACAUGACGAUUUUGUAUCUGCACGGAGGUGCAUACAUGAUGAUGGACCCAUGCACCCACCGCGUGCCCGUAUCAAAUCUAUCCCGCCUAACAGGCGCGCAAGCCCUCUCAGUGCGCUACCGACUCGCACCGCAGAACCCAUUCCCAGCAGCCCUAGUCGACGCACUAACAGCGUAUCUAUCGCUCAUCCACCCACCCAAGGGCUCACUUCACGAGCCCGUCCCAGCAAACAAGAUCGUCAUCGCUGGCGACUCUGCAGGCGGAAACCUGACUUUCGCGCUACUGCAGACUCUCCUCACCCUGCGUCGCGCAUCGCGGGCCGUCACUUUCCACGGAGAAGAAGUGAACAUCGAACUCCCGGCCGGUGUAGCAGGUAUCUCACCCUGGUGCGAUGUCUCACUCUGCAUGCCUUCGGUAGUGAACUACCGUAAGUACGACUUCAUGGAUAUCCGGCCCGGAGGCGUCGACGUACCAGAUUAUGCCAAGCCCUACACGCCAUUUGCGUUCCCGGCCGAUGAUGCCUGGCCCGCCUCUCCUCCCCGUGUAGACACCUUCUGCAACGCACCGAGCACCGACCACCCGCUCGUCUCACCGAUGGCCGCCUCCCCUGAUCUGUGGAAGGAUGCGCCUCCCGUAUUUAUUACUGUUGGAGAGGAGUGUCUCACAGACGAGGGACUCGUCCUUGCACGAAGAAUGCAUAAGGCUGGUGUGUCCGUUGUUGCAGAGAUGUUCGAGGGUAAACCGCAUUGUCAUGGACUACUUAUGCUUUCGACGCCGACGGGAAAGAAGUUUUUGGAAGGUCUUGCUGGGUUUUGUUCCGGUGCUGUUAAGGGUGUGGUUACACCGACUGGGGUUUUGACACACUAUGGGUUUAAGUUGAGGAGCACACGGCAGAUCCCGUUGGAGGAGGCUUGUGAGGUUGGUGAUGAGGAGGUUGACGAGAGGUUGCGUGAGAAUAAGAAGUGGAGAAUGGAGAGUGAGAAGGUGUUGCAGAAGGAGUGGCGGGAGAGAGCUCGUUUGUGA